CAGGGACUCGAAUCUUGAAUUCAUGAGCUCCCUUCAGCAGCCCAAGAAACCAAUGCCACCUCUGUCCCCAGAAAUCUGGAGUGUCCCCCAGGAGCAGAGCCUGACCCCAAAGCACAGCCCCGUGGUGCCCCGCGAAGAGCCGGCGCCCCCGUGCUGUACUCCUCUUCCUCAGCAGCAGACGCCGGUCAUCGAGCUGCGCUCCACCUACUGCCCCGCAGCCACCAUGUCCGGGCCCCACGCCGGGCGCCACUUCUUUAGGGAAUUUGGGUGUAUCAGGGGAGACAUUUUUAUCCCACUUGAUUCAAGUCUUGCCGAAGAUCUGCAGGUCCAGAUUCCCACUCCUCACAGGCACUUCCCUGUAGAAAUCGAAGUUGAGUGCCAGGAGCCAGGAGGAGCUGGAAAAGGAGUGGACACAUCCAAAGAGACUGAAGUGUCUGGUGAGAACCUCCAGAGGAAAUCCAGCAAGGCUUUGGGUUCUUCUCCUGUGCCUGGUGAGAACCUCCAGAGGAAAUCCAGCAAGGCUUUGGGUUCUUCUCCUGUGCCUGGUGAGAACCUCCAGAGGAAAUCCAGCAAGGCUUUGGGUUCUUCUCCUGUGCCUGGUGAGAACCUCCAGAGGAAAUCCAGCAAGGCUUUGGGUUCUUCUCCUGUGCCUGGUGAGAACCUCCAGAGGAAAUCCAGCAAGGCUUUGGGUUCUUCUCCUGUGCCUGGUGAGAACCUCCAGAGGAAAUCCAGCAAGGCUUUGGGUUCUUCUCCUGUGCCUGGUGAGAACCUCCAGAGGAAAUCCAGCAAGGCUUUGGGUUCUUCUCCUGUGCCUGGUGAGAACCUCCAGAGGAAAUCCAGCAAGGCUUUGGGUUCUUCUCCUGUGCCUGGUGAGAACCUCCAGAGGAAAUCCAGCAAGGCUUUGGGUUCUUCUCCUGUGCCUGGUGAGAACCUCCAGAGGAAAUCCAGCAAGGCUUUGGGUUCUUCUCCUGUGCCUGGUGAGAACCUCCAGAGGAAAUCCAGCAAGGCUUUGGGUUCUUCUCCUGUGCCUGGUGAGAACCUCCAGAGGAAAUCCAGCAAGGCUUUGGGUUCUUCUCCUGUGCCUGGUGAGAACCUCCAGAGGAAAUCCAGCAAGGCUUUGGGUUCUUCUCCUGUGCCUGGUGAGAACCUCCAGAGGAAAUCCAGCAAGGCUUUGGGUUCUUCUCCUGUGCCUGGUGAGAACCUCCUGAGAAAAUCCAGCAAGGCCUUGGGUUCUUCUCCCAAGUUGGGUUCUUCUCCCAAGGCCAAAUUGGGUUCUUCUCCUGUGCCUGGUGAGAAUUUCCAGAGGAAAUCCAGCAAGGCCUUGGGUUCUUCUGUGCCUGGUGAGAAUUUCCAGAGGAAAUUCAGCACAGCCAAGCUGGGCUCUUCUCCCAAGCUGGGCUCUUCUCCUGUGCCUCAGCUCCAAUCCCAGCCAGGCUCCCACCCCAAACCUGUCCUGCCUCCAAUCCCACCUGGAUGGACAAACACCAACCCCUGAUGGCCACUUCCAUCUCCAUUUUUUGUCACACUCACUCUUUCUAACCCUGCUUUUCAUCUCUUUCUCAUCAAAGUCUAUCAAAAUAUUAUUGCUGAAUGCAUUUCUGAUUAACUCA